CCAUGAUGGCCACGCGCGGGGCGCCCUCUUCACGCACGAGCUCCUCCUUCUGCCGCUCCAGCUCCCGGUGCCGCCGCUGCCGCUGCUCCGCCUCCCUGCGGCGUGCGUCGGCGGCCUCCUGGUCCUGCUUCCGCUCCUCCGCAGACUUACCACGCUCGGCGAGGAUGCGGGCGAUGUCCUCCUCCGUCAUGCCGAGGCGGCGCAUGUCAUCCGCCGUCAGCUCCUUCUUUGGUGCAUGUUUCUUCUUGGGGGCCAUUCCUGCUGCGCGAUGGGCGUAUGCCUCAGAGGGAAACGCAGAAACAAAUAA